CUCUGGAAAAAUCAAAUGUGGGACAAAUGGUAAAUCUUCUAGCUAAUGACGUCGGCAAAUUCCAGAACAAAGUUUUCUCUAUUGCAUCUUUAUUUACAUCGCCUUUCUUUAUCAUUUUUUCAAUACUGAUGUUAUGGCAAUAUUAUGGAUGGACUAUUUUAAUGGGAUAUUUGGUAGUAUUUCUCUUUGUUCCUAUGCAAUUUGCUUUGAGUAAAGUAUAUUCAAAAUUAAGAUUACAAGCAGCUAUUUUGGCAGACGAAAGAUUGAAUUUGUUGAACGAGAUGAUUGCUGAUAUGAAAUUAAUUAAAAUGUACACCUGGGAAUUGCCAUAUGCUGCAUUAAUAGAAAAAACCAGGCUGAAAGAAAUAAAAACAAUUCGAAUGUUUUUAUAUUUAAGCGGAAUAUCACACAUAUUGGCGUAUCCUAUAUCAAAAUUAUUUAUUCUUCUGUCAUUUGUCGCAAUUUUAUUAAAUGGAGAAGAAUUAAAUGCCAAAAUUGUGUUCGUCACAAUGGUUUAUUCCCUGUACAUUUUCGUCAGCAUUAUUAGUCAUUUUUCUCAUGGAAUGAGUUUUGUUGCAGAAAUAUUGGUUUCAUUGAAGAGGAUACAGGGUUUCCUACUCCUUCAUGAAAAAGAGAAUAAUGCUGUCAAAACUGUAGAAGAAAAAGAUAAUUUAAAGGAAAUACGCAUGGAUACUGUCAUGGCUGCAUGGAAAAAAGCAACCGAACCAACGUUGAAUGGGAUAUCUUUAAAAAUGCAACCUGGAGAAUUAUUACUUGUUGUCGGUCACGUUGGAUCAGGAAAGACGUCUUUACUAAUGUCCUUGUUGGGAGAGAUUCCAAUUACUUCUGGUGAAGUGUCCGUGAAAGGAAAGAUCUCGUAUGCUUCUCAAGAAGCUUGGGUAUUCAACGCAACUGUCAGAGAAAAUAUCUUGUUCGGAGAAGAAUAUCACGAAGAGAAAUAUAGAAAAGUCUUGCAUAUUACUGCAUUAGAAAAGGAUAUUAGAUUAUUUCCUAAAGGAGAUCUGACAAUUGUAGGAGAACGAGGUGUGAUGAUGAGCGGUGGGCAAAAGGCGAGAAUUAAUUUAGCAAGAGCAGUAUAUGUGGAUGCCGAUAUUUUCCUCCUGGAUGAUCCACUGAGUGCCGUUGAUGUUCCAGUAGCAAAACAUAUAUUCGAAAAAUGUAUAAUGGAAUAUCUGAAAGACAAGAUUUGCAUUCUCGUUACGCAUCAAAUACAAUUUCUAAAUUCUGCAAGUAAAAUUUUAGUGUUAAAGAAGGGAGAAUGUGAAUUCAUUGGAAAUUUCAAUGUAUCGGAAAAUUUAGAAAUGCUUACAGGAAUUUUGCCAAAGGAAGAAGUCGCUACAAAGAGCAUGGAUUUAGAGACUGCGGUUUUCAAUGAUGAGGAAAUGAUCGGAAUCACUCAAUCUGAAGUAAAUGAUCACAUUGAAGACAGUCACCACGGCAAUGCGGAAACUGAAAAUAACAAAAUACCACGCGACAAUGAAGGUGUUAAGAAACCAGGAAUUUCAGUCUAUAAAGCAUACGUGAAUGCCGGAGCAGGACUUUUCUUCAAAAUCGUUAUUUUAUCCGCGCUAAUUAUAUCGCAAUCCGUUACUAGUGCCAGCGACUACUGGCUAAUCAAAUGGCUGCAAGAUAUUAGAAUCUAUAGCCAAAACGAAGACAAUCUGGAAAAUAUGACAUUUAAUAAAAGUUUUUUUAACGAAAUUAAAAACAAUAGUUUUUAUUAUAGUAAAUAUUUCGACAUGUAUGUUUAUGUAGGAUUGAUAUGUGCUGUAUUUCUAACGUCGUUACCUUCCGGAUUAUUGUUAUGGAAAUUUUUUACAGCUGCUUCUUUCAAGCUUCACAACAAUAUGUUUCGUUGUAUCAUUCGAACUCCGAUAGCAUUUUUGGAUAACAAUCCCAUUGGAUUGAUAUGUGCUGUAUUUCUAACGUCGUUACCUUCCGGAUUAUUGUUAUGGAAAUUUUUUACAGCUGCUUCUUUCAAGCUUCACAACAAUAUGUUUCGUUGUAUCAUUCGAACUCCGAUAGCAUUUUUGGAUAACAAUCCCAUUGGAUUGGACGAAUAUGUUCCUUGUUUUGAAGCAUGGAAAAUAAUUGGAAAGACACAUCUAUUCCUAAAGGACAUCAACCACGCCAUCAGCCUCAUAAAUAUCAAAAAGGCGCCUGGGAUAGACCAUGUCACCGGCAGGAUGGUCAACGAAGCCUUCUCUGCCAUUCCUACUACCUUCACCACUCUUUGCAAUCGUUGCCUGGCCUUGGGAUACUUCCCCAGAGACUGGAAAAUAGCUUCCAUAAAAUUUAUUAACAAGCGGCCUAAUGACGCUCCGCACUAUGCCAAAGACUACAGGCUAAUAAGCCUGUUGCCAAUCAUGGGUAAGGUACUGGAUAGGCUUCUCUUUACCAGGAUUCUCAACUUCCUGAGGAGGAAAAAUGCCCUCAGUCCCCACCAACACGGCUUCACACCAGGGAAAUCAAUGAUUACAGCCUUAUCUGCAAUUACUGAUCACAUCAAACGUGCCAAAAAGGACGGCAGGCAUAUGCUACUUGUUUCCAUCGACUUCCGUAGGGCGUUCGAUAACCUCUGGUGGCCGGCUAUUCUUCGGCAACUCCAAAUUCAUCACUGCCCAAGGAAUCUUUUCUGCCUCAUAAGGAGUUUCAUCAGUGAAAGGAAAGCAGGGUUCUUUCACAAUAACAUCAGCUACAUCCAUGAGGUUACAAAGGGUUGCCCACAGGGUUCUAUCGCCGGGCCCGGCCUUUGGACAAUUGUCCACAGUGAUCUCCUUGCAAGCAUAAACAACAACACGACUAAUAACUACUUCUUACAAGGCUAUGCUGAUGACACCGUGGCUGUGGUCUCAGAUAAAAACAGCGAUAGACUCCCAAUCCUGAUCAAUGACCUACUAGCCAAGAUCUCAAACUGGAGUUCAAGCAGUAAGCUUCCUAUUAACUACUCGAAGUGCUCAUUCAUCAUCUUUCCAAAGAAUACCCCACUUCAGAGGACCCCUCGCAUCGUAAUUGACAGUGUCCGCAUCUCUCGGGUAAAAAAACUAACUUACCUUGGCGUGAAACUUGAUCAACAGCUACAGUGGACCAGCCACGUGGAUAUGGUGGUUGCCAAAGCAACUAAGGCAUCGAACGCACUUAUCAGCAUUGCUCGUAAUACCUGGGGCAUAGGCUAUAAUGCAGCCAAGAAUAUCUACCUAGGGGCUAUAGAACCUAUCCUUCUUUACACAUCCCCCAUCUGGGCCGAUGCCACCACCAAAGUUCAUAUACAACGCAAUCUCCUUAAAACCCAAAGAGUGGCUGCUCUCCGUAUUUGUAGAGCCUACCGGACUGCUCCCACUGCUGCCCUGCUGGUGAUUGCUGGAAUCACCCCAGUUCACAUUAAAGCCAGAAUGAUUCUCAGAAACUGGAAUACCAACAACCUCUUCAGUAACUGCCACCCUCUCAACAAUGAUAAAAAUAAAAGUAUUCUUUCUGACCUUCCUACCCACAUAAAAGAAGACAUUCUAUCUUUUGGAAUUGAAAUGAAAGACAUUCAACUUAAUAUUCUCCAAGACUACCCGAUCAUAAACAGUGACUCCCAGACAUCCAAUGAAUCUGACUUCUCCAUCUACACGGACGGAAAAAGCAAGGACGACAUCAACGUGGGGGCGGUUUUUGUUCUAUAUGACCACCAUAAUGGAAAAAUCUUAAAUCGAUUUUCCAAAGAUGUUGGUAGCAUGGAUGAUUUGAUUCCUUUCUUUACUUAUUUUCUAGUAAGGGGAGGCUCGAUUCUAGUUGGCAUGUGUGUUCUUCAAGCAAUCGUCUGUCCUUAUUUACUUGUAUUAAUUGCUGUCCUUUCAAUAAUAUUUUACGCUUUGUGGACAAUUUUCAGCCGAGUGUUAAAAAGCAUAAAACAUCUGGAAGGAAAAUUGAGAAGUCCAGUAUUUUCUCAUCUGAGUGUAUCUCUUUACGGACUAACAACAAUUAGAGCAUUUAAUGCUGAAAGCAAAUUUAAAUCUAUGUUUAAUAAGUAUCAGGAUAAGCACACUGCAACGUGGUUUCUUUACGUGGCUUUAAAUCGAUGGAUUGCCAUAUAUGGUCAUGUAAUUUGUUUCAUAAAUCUAAUUAUCACUGUUAUCGUUUUAGGUGUUUCAAAUAAUACAGAUGACGCAGGAAGCCAAAUUGGACUUGUAUUGAAUUAUGGAAUACUAAUAAUAGUACAUUUUCAACAUAUUAUUGGAUUUACAUCUGAAGUGGAAUUUCAGAUGAACUCUGUAAAACGCAUUCUGAAAUACAGCAAUUUGAAAUCGGAAGCAUCCUACGAAAGCUUGCCUAACAAACGGCCACCAUCUGAUUGGCCAGAAAGAGGAGAAAUUCAUUUUGAUAAUGUUUCUUUGCAAUACUCCAAGGAUAAAAAUAUUGCGUUAAAGAACUUAACAUUUCAUAUCCGCUCCGGAGAAAAGAUAGGAAUUGUUGGGAGAACAGGAGCGGGAAAGAGUUCUAUAAUUGCUUCGUUAUUUCGCAUGACAGAGCCAACAGGAACGAUAACCAUCGAUAAUGUUGACAUUAAAGAUAUUGGACUUCGAGAUCUUCGUAGUAAAAUAUCCAUCAUUCCGCAAGAUCCUAUGUUAUUUACCGGGCCACUUCGAAGAAACAUGGAUCCUUUUAAUGAAUAUUCUGAAGAAAUGCUGUGGAAAGCCAUAGAGGAGGUACAAUUAAAAGAAGUUAUUAGUAAAUUACCUGGAGGAUUGGAUUCGCAUUUAACGGAAGGAGGGCGAAAUUUCAGCGUGGGGGAAAGACAGUUAAUUUGUCUUGCUAGAACCAUUCUUCGCCAGAAUAAAAUUCUUGUUAUGGACGAAGCAACGUCCAAUAUCGAUAAAAGAACCGAUUCCUGUCUACAGAAAAUAAUUCGAGAAAAAUUCAAAUCUUGUACGGUGUUGACAAUAGCCCACAGAUUACAUACAAUUAUCGAUUCGGAUAGAGUUCUGGUAUUAGAUACAGGAAGAGUACAAGACUUUGACUCGCCGUAUGCAUUACUGAAGAACGUAAAUGGUAUAUUUUAUAAUUUGGUAAAGAAGACGGGAGUAACUUCAAUGAAUGAGUUAUACGAAAUUGCCAAGGUUAAAUACUACGAUAAAGAAAAGGUAGAGCAAACAAAACUAUAAAACAAUGAAUUUUAUUCUAUGUAUAGACUGUGAGGAUCUGGUGUUAUGAUUUUUUUUGUUUAAAUUACUUUUUAGAGUGGUAUUUCCACACAUCACAUAACAUAUAAAAUUGUAAAAAUCUAAACAUUUGUUAGUAUAUGCAAAUUUUACGGUUUAAUUUAUACAUGCUGAUCUUUUAUUGAGAUGCCAUCAGCAGUUUUUUAAAAUAAUAUAGUGAGAAAUGUUUACAAUAGUUUAAGUUCAGAAAAGAAGUGAAUUUUAAUAUAUAAAACAACAGAAAAAAAUUUAAUUGAUAUAAUUAAAACAAAUUUCGUGUACUACUUUAAUCAGAACAAUCUUAGCCAAGAAUAUAAUUCCAAUUGUAUGUA